AUGGCUUGUUGCCAAUGUAUCAUUAUUGUUGCGCUACAAGCAUCGAUUUGUUAUCUAAAUACUUACCAAGCUCAUUUAUUACCAGAGCCUACUACAGAUAAUGUACUUAUUCGAGCUUCUACAUCAGAUGAUUUGAUCCCAAUACAAGCUGCUGAUCGACUUGGUAGAAUAAAAUGGGAAAAUAUUGCGUUUAUCGGAUUUCAAUUUUGGUUUUUAGGAAUGGCCUUUGAUGCUACAGUGUAUCAGAAUACAGCGGAGAUUUUAGCAUUAGCUGUUUUAAAUGUUGUUUGUGCAAUUCUGGGCGCGUUACAAGUAGUAGAUGGUGUCAAAUGGCUUAAUCGAUUAAUACUAACCUCAUAUCCUGUUUAUCCAUUAUCCAUGGCAGAAAAAAUUGAAAUUACACUAUCUGUGAUUACCAUGAGUUUUGCUAUUAUCAUGUCAUUUCUUAGUUAUCAAAUGUCUAAACAAUUUGGUUGGAACAUUUAUAAAAAGAUUGGAGCAGACGUACAAAUUCAACGCAUGUAUCGUAUAUUUCAAUUUUUUGUAUUAUCAUUGAAAAUCGAUAUCUUCACUCAAUUUAUGGUAUCGGUAUUCUAUCUUAUCCAAUUUGCAAUGAAGCAAGGAAUUAUGUGGGAAACAAUCAUUCAGGUUGUUGUUACUGUCUUUAGUAUUCCAAUGCUUUAUUUUGCUCGUACUGCAGGAAGUACAGAAAGCAAAGUAAGAAUGUGUAUAUUUAUUACGUUUGAAUGCAUAGCCCUAUUUCAUUUUGCCUUAAUCUUUUCUCAAACUCUUCAACCAAAUAAUAAUUGGUAUACUUGGAUUACUUUAAUUUGGAUUGGUGUUGCGGUAACAUUAUGUACAUGUAUUUUAGGAUAUAUUUGUAUGCGCAACUUUGGUAAAGGUCUUAAACCGUUUGUACAAAGAGGAAGCGUCAAAACCAGGAUGGACAUUGAAAAUAAUUUCAUAAACAAGAAGGCUAAUGAAAGUUGGGUUAUUGAUGAAGAUUAA